AUGAGUAGGCAGUAUAGUUCCAGGUCUUUGUGCCGGAGUGGUGGAAAGGGCUUCAGCUCUGGCUCUGCGGGGCUGGUCAGCUUCCAGCGUAGAUCCACUAGCUCUGUGCGCCGCAGUGGAGGAGGUGGUGGGAGAUUUUCAGGAGGAUUCUGUGGGAGCGGAGGAGGUGGUGGCGGUUUUGGAAGCAGGAGUCUUAUUAACCUUGGUGGCAGCAAGAGCAUCUCCAUUAAUGUGGCUGGUGGAGGUAGUCGUAGUGGUUUUGGCUAUGGUGGUGGUGUCUUUGGUGGUGGUGUCUUUGGCGGUGGUGUCUUUGGCGGUGGUGGUUUAGGUGGAGGUAAUUUUGGCAGUGGAGGUGGUUUUGGGGGUGGUGGAUAUGGGGGUGGCUUUGGGCCUGUCUGCCCCCCUGGUGGCAUACAGGAAGUCACCAUCAACCAGAGCCUUCUGCAACCCCUCAAUGUGGAGAUUGACCCUGAGAUCCAAAAAAUAAAGUCUCAAGAAAGGGAGCAAAUCAAAACACUCAACAAUCAGUUUGCCUCCUUCAUCGACAAGGUGCGAUUCCUGGAGCAGCAGAACCAGGUGCUGCAGACAAAAUGGGAGCUGCUGCAGCAGGUGGAUACCUCCACAAGGAGCUUCAGUUUAGAGCCCUAUUUUGAGGCUUAUAUUAGCGACCUCAGGAAGCAAGUGGAUCGGCUGAGGAGCGACCAAUCUCGGAUGGACUCGGAACUGAAGACCAUGCAGGACAUGGUGGAGGAUUAUCGGAACAAGUAUGAGGAUGAGAUCAACAAGCGUACAAAUGCAGAAAAUGAAUUUGUGACGAUCAAGAAGGAUGUAGAUUCUGCUUAUAUGAACAAGGUGGAUCUUCAAGCCAAAGUUGACAACUUGAGGCAGGAAAUUGAUUUCUUGACAGCACUCUAUGAAGCAGAAUUAUCUCAGAUGCAGACUCACAUCAGUGAAACAAGUGUCAUCCUGUCCAUGGACAACAACCGCAGCCUGGACCUGGACAGCAUCAUUGCUGAAGUCAAGGCCCAGUAUGAGGACAUUGCCCAGAGGAGCAAAGCUGAGGCUGAGGCCCUGUACCAGACCAAGUAUGAAGAGCUUCAGGUCACUGCUGGCAAACAUGGAGACAGUGUGAAAACCUCAAAGAUGGAGAUUUCUGAGCUGAAUCGAGUGAUCCAGAGACUGAGAUCUGAAAUUGACAGUGUCAAGAAGCAGAUCUCCCAGUUGCAUCAGUCCAUUGCUGAUGCCGAGCAGCGUGGUGAGAAUGCACUCAAAGAUGCCCAGAACAAGCUGAAUGAGCUGGAGGACGCCCUGCAGCAGGCCAAGGAGGACCUGGCUAGGCUGCUGCGUGACUACCAGGAGCUCAUGAAUGUCAAACUGGCCUUGGAUGUGGAGAUCGCCACCUACAGGACUCUCCUAGAAGGAGAGGAAAGCCGGAUGUCUGGAGAGUGUUCCGCCAACGUGAGCAUGUCUGUGAGCACCAGCCACACUAGCAUCAGUGGAGGCAGUAUCCGAGGUGGCGGAGGGUACAGCUCUGGAGGCGGCAGUUACGGCUCUGGAGGUGGCGGCGGCGGCGGAGGCGGUAGCUACAGUUCCGGGGGUGCCAGCUAUGGUUCUGGAGGUGGCGGCGGUAGCUACGGCUCCGGAGGCAGCAGUGGGGGCCACAGAGGUGGCUCUGGAGGGGGUGGUGGCAGCUCUGGCAGCCGGGGGAACUCUGGAGGGGGCUUUGUCUCCUCUGGAGGCCGGGGAUCCGGCUCCGGGGGCCAUAAGACCCCCAGUGGCAGUUCGAGCAUAAAAUUUGUUUCCACCACUUAUUCCAGAUAA